AUGUCGCAUGCUUCGCUGUCCCGUGCGGAGCGCAGCUACAUCCUGGAUGGUCUUUCUUCGGCCACGCCUCAGCGCCAGGAUGGUAGGGGCCUUACCGACUUUCGCCCCCUUGAGCUCGAGUCGCCCGCGUCUGUCCAGGCCGACGGCUCAGCGCGUGUCAUGCUAGGCAGCACCGAGGUCCUCUGUGGUGUAAAGGCCGAGAUCGAAGCAUACCAAGCCCCUCGCGUCCUGUGCCAGUCAGGAAAGACGACUCAAGAGUUUUCGCCAUGGCUACCCCCCAUGCCACGUGUGCAGGCCACCGUGGAGUACUCGCCAGCGCUGCUGCACGAGCACAGUGCCAACGAGCUGAGCAUGAUUACGUGCACCGUGCAAGACAUGCUCAGUGCGUGCUUUGCACUGCAUUCCGACCGUUUCGGCCCCCUCUUUGCGCGCCAGUUUAUUGUUGUGCCCUAUGCCAAGUUCUGGACGCUGCAUGUGGACGUCUAUGUGCUUUCGUGGAGUGGCGGCAAUGUACUCGACGCGCUCUUUGCGGCCGUAUCGGCUGCGCUAUGGAAUACCCGUCUCCCCGAGACCAAAAUGCUGUCGAUGGACACGGCCAAGGUGCAGCAGGACACUGCCUCGGUCCCCGAUGCGACAAGCGACGACCCUGUCGGCAUGAAAUUUAUCACGCGCGGCAAGCGGCAUGCGGCCGGGCAGCCUGGAGCGGCGUCGGUUGACUUUGCGCUGGAAGGCGAGUGGGAUGAAGGCGUGGCGCUCGAUGGCCGCGCGGAUGUUCCCGUGUGCAUUUCGGUGUACCCCGUCAAUGACACGUUUCUGCUGGACCCUACGCUGGAGGAAGAAGGCGCGCUACACACCUGUAUUGCGAUCCUUGCCUCUGCGAGCGGUCGCCUGUAUGGCGUGCGGCAGCGUGGCGAUGGUGAAAUCACGCUUGCUACGAUUAACAAAGCCAUCGAAGUGGGCAUCUAUUACGCGCGGCAACUGGCCAAGACAUUGCAAGAACAGUCCAAUGCAUAG